AUGGAGCGGAACAGUGCGGUGCCAAAGAGUCUGUUUCCCAAAGGACCUAGUUUCACUUUGGACAACUUCUCCAACAAGGACUUUAUCGUUCGCGACUUUGUCGACAGUCUAGCAGAAAGCGCUGUUCCCGCCAAUCGCCGUUCAGGCCCAGCCGCGGCCGCAUUCGACCCAAAGCCCUUGAUUCGAACAUUUGAAAAUGCCUUGUCGCAGCUAGCUUUGCUUGGCGACGAGCUCCAAGAGAAGGAGUCCGAAAUCCUGUCCCAAGUGCGUCGCGCCGAGAUCCAGCAUGAUCAAACACUCGAUACCCUUGGUCGUACACUCGACCAAACCAUGACCUCCUUCGAAGCACUUGAUGGAUCACUCGGUCAGAACAGCGCCAGCAAUGCUCCAGAAACUAGCGGCCGGUCCGACGGUGGAGGAAACGUGGCUGUUCAAAUCGGAGAAAAGCUGGAGGAGCUUGAUCGCAAGCGACGCCGAGCCCAGGAUGCCAUGUUUUUGAUUCAGUGCUGGACAGAGCUGAGCGAAUCUGGAGUCUUGUCCUUCUUGGAAGAUAUUAGACUUCAGGGAGGAUCCGAGAACAAGAUUAGAUGCGCAGUCAUUGCACGCCAAUUGAUGAGAAUGAGCCAGCAGCUUGACCCGGCGUCUUGGGGGACUUCUACUAGUCAGCGCAAUAGCUCUACAGUGAGUGGUCAAAAUGGGGACGCCAAAUCACACAACACGCGCGAGAUUCUCGAAAAGUUUUGCGAAUCCUUGGAGCAGGACCUGCUGGAACAGUUCAACAAUAGCUACCGACAUCAAAACUUUGAUGACAUGAUGGAGUGCUCCAAAGUCUUGCAUGACUUUAACGGUGGUGCCAGCGUUAUUGCCAUCUUUGUCAAUCAACAUCAGUUCUUUAUAGACCGGGAUCAGUUGAACGACGAGGCCAUUGCCGACGGGGAGACGUGGGAAAUUCUGGCGGAUCCAGAUUCAGACCCGCCUGGCGUCGAUCCAGGGCUGCAAUCUCUCGUUGAUGAGGUCAAGAUUGUCAUGCAAGAAGAGUCUUUUAUCAUUAAGCGGGCAUUUCCAUAUUACGAGACGGUUCUCAUCAAGUUUAUCCAACGAGUAUUCCAGCAGUCUAUUCAGCAGAGACUGGAAAAGGUGCUCGACAAAGCCGAGACGGUGUCUACUCUUGCCUUUUUGAGAUCAUUACAUUCUUCAAGAAGUUACAUUAGCUCUCUGGUGGAGGACUUGAAAACGCACGGUCUUACAGAACACCCCGAUGCCUGCUCGGGACAGAUCUCGCAGACGCUAGACCAACAGAUGGACGAGCUGUUUAUUCCAUAUCUCGUGGGAAGCUCUUAUAUCGAGCGAGAGCGCAAGUCGCUCGAGGAAAUGUACAGCUCCCUGCUGUUCAAGUUCACAAUGUAUCAUUCACGGAGAAAAAAAGCACCGCAGGGGUUCAUGGCCUCAUUAGCCCAACAGGGCACCCAAUUCAUCGCCUCGGCCAAGGACGCGUACCUGGACAGACUGGACUCUUCAGAUCUCACGCCGACACAGAAGCGAAUCAUGUUGCGAGUCGCCGGUAUUAAGGAUAAAGACAACAAGAACGAGAUUGAGCUCUCGGAUGAAGACGGUGCCCUGAGCGUCACCAACGCAAAGCGCAUGCUUAAGUGGCUUGCGGAAAGCGUCCAACGAACCCUGGAGCUGGGCUCCCAAGCCGAGACACCAAGGGACGUCAACACCCUUCUCCAGCUCUUGCUCACCAACAUGGGCCAAUUGUAUGUGCAGACUGCUCUCGAAGCCGCUCACCUCCAGGCCACGUUGGUGGAAAACUCCAAGACGGAACCCGACCUGUCGUUUUUGCCCACGAUCCGACCCGCGGUGACCAUAUCCGCCAUUAUGGACAGAUUCAUCACCAUUGUCCUAAUCCGCCUAGCGGAAUCCAACACCACCGUCAGAAAGAGCAUGGAAGCCCAGCGCAACAUGGCCAUCGACGCCAUCGAAAAGAAGACCAACGCCGUCAUGAAAAUAUCCAUCGACGUCAUCACCAACUGGGUCACCAAAUCGCUCGGCUCCCAAAAGAAGACCGACUUUCGCCCCAAGGGCGCCGAGCUCGAAUUCCUCCAAACACCCACGUGUCUCAACAUUUGCAAAUUCCUCGGCCGCUCCGCCAAGGAGGCGAACCUCGCCAUCGACGGGCUCAACGCCGAGAAAUUCUACAGCGAGCUCGCGCUCUCGAUUCACGAACUCCUCUUUGACCACUUCAAGAAGUUUCAGGUCAAUGCGACGGGGGGGCUGAUGGUCACGCAGGAUAUUGCAAAGUAUGUGUCUGUGAUGCGGGACUGGCCGCUUGCCAGGGACGUUUCGGUCAUGGUUGAACUUCUUACGGAGAUUGGGUCGCUGUUCAUCGUGGGUCCGGAGGCGCUGUGGGAGAAGGUCAGGACGUUGGCGCCGGGGCAGAGUGGUGGGAGGGGGAAGUUGUUUAAGGGGGAUUUCAGGGCGUUUGUUCAGAGGAGAGAUGAUUCGGGGUCGGUGGGCAUACAGAGUAUUUUGGCGGGGUUGUGA